AUGGCAGAUGAUUCCUCAGAUCCUGAAGAGCUUGCUGCAGGGCCUGGCCCACCACCUCAGGGCAGUGGCAAUCCGUUUUCGCCUUUGGCGGGAGCGUCCAGUUCCAAUGAAGGCAGGCUUAUGCAAGUGCUAGAAAUGAUGGCAGGGGUCCUCCGGGAUCAGCAGAGUUCGAGUGCAGCGCGUGCAGCUGCAAGCAAAGAUCCAAUCCGUGCUAAGGACAUCGCUAAGGUUGUGAAAGGUCCCGAGCCCUUUACUCCUACCACGCGUGAUGCUGAGCUUGCCCAGUGGGGCAACUGGUCGUGGGAGCUUGAACAGUGGCUCUCGUGCAUCGAUGAAGGCUUCACUGCUAACAUCAAGGAGCUUCGAGGCCGUACCAAGGAUGCUGUUGUGAUGUCCAGGUUGAGUCCCGAGGAUGCAGGCCGUAGCCGACUUCUGUACACCAUUCUUGCAAGCUUACUGAAUGAUAAGAAUAAGCGCAUGCUGCGGUCCAUCCCGGACCAGAACGGGUUCGAAGGAUAUCGCCGGCUGAUUCAGGAGUUGACUCCCUCGAGCCGAGGUCGCAUCUUGGCACUCGUGCAAGCUUUGCAUAGCUGGCCGCCUUUCGAUAACAAGCUCAGCCUCAUGCCUCAACUGGCCAAGUUCGAGGCAGCAGUGCAGGAGUAUGAACAGCUGAGUGGCAGUGAGUUCAGCAACGAUCAGCAGCUAGCAGCUGUUUUGCGAUGCCUCACAGGUCAGCUCAAGACUCAGGCUACCGUCCUCAUCGGUGACACGUCUCAGUACUCAGACCUGAGGUCGCUGAUUGAAAGGCGGGAUGCAAGCCAGACCCGAUGGGGUGCCUCGAUUGCCUCCUCGUAUGGCCUUUCCGCCUCCAGCUCAGACCACCCAGUUCCGAUGGAGGAAGGCAAGCAGAAGGGCGCGCGUCAGGUGCAGAGUUCGGCAGCAUCGGAGGCCAGCACAUCCGUGCCCUCGUCAGCUUCUGCUAUGAAUGCCCAGGCCAGUGCAAAGGCAAAGCAGGUCAACAGGUUGCAGUUUGCCCGCGAUGUGCCAGUGAUCAGCCUUGAUCAGCAGGAUGAUGAUGUGGUUGAUUUGACAAUUUUUAGCCUCGAUGAGAAUGAUGGCGGUGAGUAUGAUGAAGACUCAAGCCCCUGGCGUGCAUGCAUGGUUCGUCAAUCUGACUCUGCGUUCUGUGGUACCAGUGCGCCGUGCACUGGAAAUGCUCAGGUGAGUUGCCCGAUGAUUUUCGACAUUGCCUGCGAUGAUGAAGAUGAUGCUUGGACACUGGAUGACAGUCCAGAGGUGCACCGGCUUUCCCAAUGCAGUCCGGCACAGGAGGUCAGCAUCAACAGGAAUCCGAGUGCACCAGCGUCCCCAUGCAGUCCAGCGCAGGAGAUCAGCAUCAGCAGGAAUCCGAGUGCACCAGCGUCCAUGGCCUUUUCUGCUGUUCGAGCAGUGACAAGUGCGUCUCAGGGCCAUUAUCUUGAGAUGGUCGUUGACAGUGGGGCCGAUGUGAGCUGCAUGCCGCAAAGCCUUAUGCACUUAGGUGUCAGCUGCAAUGAUGGAGCUAGCCCAGUGUUUGUCGAUGCUCAGGGCGCGCCACUUGCAAUCAAUGACCGCAGGACCCUUCUCCUUCAGCUCCCGAACCUCGAAGGCAAGCCGCAGAGCUUCCAGAAUUCAUGUGUCGUUGGCUCGGUGUCUUCGCCACUUUUCGCUGUAGGAAAGCUUUACAAGCUUGGAUGGUCCUGUUUUUGGUGCGGCGAUCAAUUUGUUUUAGGCAAGCAAGGCGAGCCAUCAAGCUACGUGCCCCUGCAUUUCAAGCACAACAGCCUAGUUGCGUAUGGCUGGAUCAGGAGAGUGCAGGUGCCAGGUCAGGUUCGUGUUGUGGCUCAGCUUGGCAAGGUGCUCAAUCGUUUGCUGGGUGAUGAGACUUAUUUUCAUGAAUUGAUCACCGGAAUUUGGGGCUUGCAGACGCAAAGCGCGCAUUACAUAGAUGUGCAUGAGGCGCUGCCAAACGAGGGCAUGACUUACCGCACCACGCUUGUCAAGCGCAGCGAUGGCAACUGGCAUCUUCUUGAGAUGAGUGAGCGCAUUGAUUGCCUAGACACAGCAAGCGCUCCUUUGCCUGGUGUGAGCAAGCCGGUUGAUUGCAUAUGCCUCGCACAUCGUGUUGUUUGUGGGCCCAGCGAUCUGGGGUUCACUGUUGACGGGCCUUUGGCUGCCAAGCCGAGCGGCUCAGAGCGUGCAGAGCCCGAUGAUGUGCCCGAGGUUGCCGAAGGUGACAUGCAGCUGGAGGUUGAAGGCCAGGCGGCAGGUGCAGAGGUCACAGGUGCCCAAAAGCAUUCAGAUGUCGCUCCUGAUGCUGAGUGUGAAGCCGCGCUCGAAGCUAGCCAGAUGGAUGUUGACGGCAAGCUGCCUGAUGAGAUUGAGGUGCAAGGUGUGACAAUCCGUCCGACGGAUACCCUCAAAACCAUGCGUGAGGCCUGCACUCUGGUGGGCAUUGGCAAGUCCGGUGGGAAACAGGCUGUGUAUGCCCGUUUGCACAAUUUUUGCAAGCGCUACGAGUUGCAGCAGAAAUUUCGCGAGCCCUCCGGGCCAGAGCCAAACGUGCUUCCUCCUGUCAGGGAACCAACCGAGGACGAGCGUCAGAGGCAUGAAGUCACCCAUCUGCCUUACGCCAGCUGGUGCUCGUACUGCCAAAUGCACAAGGCAAGGGAUGACAUGCACAAGGAUGUCGACGUGACCCAACGGGGCAUAAGCAUUUUGUCUUUUGAUUUUGCCUUUACCGGCCGCGAAGAAGGAGAGAAAACCAAGCAGGUCUCUCUUGUGCUGCAUUAUCAAUUUACCGGGUGGCGAGAGGCCAUUCCAGUUCCUCGCCGUGGCGGGGCAUCCACUCGUGCCUACCUUGCCUCUGAGGUCACUCGUUUGUGCAACAUGUUGGGAUACGGCACCAUCAAACUGCGGUGCGACCCUGAAGGAGUGUGUCUUGCCCUUCGCGACGCCAUUGUGCAAAGUCGAGCCAAGCUCGGUCAUAAGACAUUGUUUGAUCAAGUUGCAGAAGGCAGCCAUGCCUCAAACGGAGCAGCCGAAUCGACUGUUCACCAGACCCGGCUCCAAGCUGGGGUUCUCCUUUCCCAUUACGAGGAGAAGACUGGUUGCACCGUUGGCACUGAGCACCCUCUUUACAGCUAG